AAAUGAGCGAAAACUUAUCUCAUUUAAAACUCGCGGAAAAGUUGGAAAGUCAUCUUAACAAUCUUGGUUUACAUCAAUAUUGAGUUGAAAAUAAUAUUUCAGAGAGUCAUCAAGGAGAGGCCACCUCCAAAGUGUUUAGAAAGUCAGAUGAUUCAAGGAUAUUAAAGUCUGACAUCCUACCUAUCCUUAACAAUCAGAAGGCAUACAAAAUCUUUGAGUUCCUUUCACGAAAUGUUCAGUCUAAAGAAGUCACUCAGACACUUAGGUCACAGUUAAAAGCUUUUGAGGAAAAGAGUGGUGAAAAUAGCGAAAUCUUGAAGGGUCAGAAGUCUAAAUCCUAUUAUACCCUCCUCACAAAAACUAGCGAGAAAUUAUCUGAAAUAAAACGAAAAUAGGGAUGCUAACAAAGCUCUUCGUGAAAAGAUCGCCAGACUAAAACAGCUGAAAAAACAAAAUAUUGAGAAAGAAAAAGCUAUACAAGAAACCAAGGACACAGAAAAGAGAAUUGUCAGGGAAGCCCAUCUCAAUAGAUCAAGAAGAAUGUUAGGAAACUUUACCAAACUCCAAGAGAAGUUCACCCAAGCAGUGGCUGAUCUUGCAGAUCAGCCACCUGUUGGAAGAAUCAAAGAAACAUCUAUUGAGAAACUUGCAACUAAUCUUGAGAAAGUAGCUCAAGAGAAUAGAUGGAAGUAUAUGCAACAGCUUAAGAAUUCGAAAGAUGCUCAGAAAAAGAAUAUGGUUAAGCAGAUUUUACCUGAUCUUGGAGAAGAAGUCAUUACUAAGAGUCUUCAAAAUUUAGAACAUGCUAGAGUUAUGGAUCCAUCACUUAAGUUCUCAUCACAACUGUUACUUAAUACAGUAAAUGGGAUCAUCCAAAAGAUGUUUGAUCAAUUCAAGCAGGAAUUUACUUCAUUAUGAAAUUUCCAACAAAGUAACCCUGAAGAGUGCGACUCAGUUUCAGAGAGUGAAAAUUUAAUGAAGAAGUACAAGCAGAAAGUCAGCAAUCUAAAAGCACUUUUUGAAGUAGAGCUACAAAGACAAUUUACAAAGUCUAAGAUCUGAUGCUCAAAUUCUUCAAAAUUUGAAAGAGAGCUUCAAAAACAACUUGCUAUGAAGCUAUCAAGACAGCAAAAGCUUUCUUUAGCAGUCUAUCAAGAAAGGUUUGUUCAGGAGUAUAUUAAAGAAAAAUACCAGAUUCUUAAAGCAAAUAACGAAACCCUCCAGCAAGCUCUUAUGGGGCAUGACUGAUUCCAAAGUCAAGAAUUGCUCGAAGAUUAUAAUGAGAAAUCACUUGUUAACAUUAGUAAGGAAAUAAGCAUCUCUUGUUCAUUCUUACCCAGACUCAAGGCAAGAACAGAAAAUUUCGUUCCAAAACUAGUGAAUAUCUCCACUGAAGUACAGGCAAAUCUCAUUGAGAUCAGUAAUUUCGUAGCAGAAGAGCUUAAUUUGCUAAAAUAUGUGAAUUACUCUUCCCAAAACGUUCAAGAAGAAAUCAACAAGCAAGUCUACUCUUUGGAUAGGUUUGUACUGAACCCAUAUUCUUUGAGGAAGAAUAAGAUCUCUCUUUCAAAUCAAGACCCUCUCUUUGUCAUUAUGAAGAUCUUUGAGAAGAUGACUCGCAGGAGUUUCAAGAGUGGUAUAGACUUUGUGAUCACAUUGUAUGAGUUCCUUAAGAAAUCAAUGCUCUCAGAGAGCACACAGAAAAUCAAGGCAAAUAUUGACUAUACAGAGAAGCUUGAUGAAUUGUAUAAUCUUAUCCAAGGCUACGACACUAAAUUUGUCAAAUCUGUAUCUCAAAAGCUAGAUUUUGUCUCAACAAAGUUGGAUAGUUUCGAUCUAUCCCAGCAAGUUCAGAGCUCGCUAGAAAAAUUGCUAAAUAAUGAUUUGCACAAGUUAAUCCCGUUCAUCAAGGAUAGUACUGGAAGGAAUGCAGAGUUUUACUACUACAAGUUCGAUUCAUUGAGAAAGCAAGAAAGCGGGUGGUAAUUCUUCACAGUUAUUUCAAUCGAA